AUGGCGACAAGCGCCCCUUUGCUGGGAAAGCAGGGCAAGGCCGCCCACAGCAAGGCAUCGAUCUUCUAUGGAGCGGACGAGUACCUUGAGGAGCUUAAGAAGAAGUACGAACACGACCACGAAAUUGCUGCGUUGAAGAAUGCUCUGCCGGGCGAGGGGGAUCCUAACGCGGCAGGCGUUGCUCAGAGCAACGACAAGAUGCUCUCCGUUCAGAAGAAUGCCGAGAACAGGAGCCUGAAGACCAAUCGGCUCUUCCCGACUCCGAACAAGCCAGACCCAAUGCCGCAGAACUUGGCAUUCCUCUUCACCAAGAUCACGCCGGACCGAAGGGGGAUCAUAGUUGUGGAGCAGAUGAUCUACAUGUGGAAUGUCCUCACCGCAAUCUUUUGCAGCCAAGUGUUGAUGGUGAUCGGCUACUGUGCAGCCUUGGCUUGCUUCCCGGACUACUGGUGGACCUGCACGCUCUGCUUCGGCAUCCCGUUCUCGUACAUCGCCAUCCAGAACAUUUACAUUGAUCACGACGUGAUGCAUGGCGCCACUUUCCCGGUUUACGAGUGGCAGCGCUUCUUGACUCAUCCAUUUGCGGAUUUUUUUUCGCUCCCGUGGGAAGAGUUUGUCCUGGAGCACAACAGGCAUCAUGCCUCGACGGUUGACCUGCUGAUCCAGGGCGAGUUCGGCUGGGACCCCGAGGAGUUCCACUAUGCUCUCCAGCAGUGGGCCGGACCAUGGGGCUCCAAUUGGUACAAGUACCUGCUCACCGUCCCGUUCAUCCCAGUGAUCCACUUCUUCGGCCUGAACGACACCGGCUCCUUGUUCGCAUUGGAGUGGUGGAUGCAUUUCCCUGACGAGGGUGCAGGCGGCAAGUGCAACAAGGAAUUCUGGAGCAAGUGGGUUCCACGCCGUGUCAAGCACAAUGCAUUCGUGCUCUGUUUGUGGUCGCUUGUGUGGUUGCUCGGCACCUACCCUUUGGGACGUCCUCUCAGCGAGGGCUGGCGGUUCAUGUUCACAGUGUCCUUCUUCGCUCGGGUCGGCUACUCCGCGGCCUGGAUGUUCAUCACCAACUUCACUCAUAGCUUGCCUUGGAACGAGUUCCUGGCACAGGAUCCGGGCCGCACCUGGCCUGUUCUUCACAACGUGAUGGCCAUGGUUCUUGGAGGGAAGCACCGCUGGAACGAGAUGCUCUUCCACGAUGUCCAUCAUGCUUUUCCAAAUGCCGUAGGCACGCUCAGCCAGCGCGGCCGCUUCCACGGUUGGGAGAAGGUUCAUGAUGCAGCUGCAGAGGUCCUGCACCGCGGGCUGUGGAAGCCCAACGGUGACGAGGAGACCCAGAUGCAGAAGACGCAGAAGAAGCGCCCGUCGAGUAGGCGCGGCCAUUUCGACCCGGAACAUGAGUUCGUCCUGGGCUGCACGACCUUCUUCAUCACUGCGCUGUGGCUGGAGGGUUUGCUUCACCUCGCGUGGCCAAGUGCAGACCUCGUGAUGCUUCCGAAGCGUUUCCGCUCGGUGCUUUUCCUGGACGUCUUCGGCGUCGCAGAUGACAUCAAGCAGCAGGCGCACCACCCGCAGCCAGAUCAAGAUGACGAGCCCAUCCAUGAGAUCUCGAGGGAGCAAGCGGAGGAGGCAGACACUGCGGUGUCGGAUGCCGAGUCUGCUGUCCGUCGCUGGGCCGAGCUGCCGAAGGGCAGCAACGAGGCGAAGGACAUCAAGGGGCCGUUGGAGGAUCUCCGAGCGAAAGUGCUCACGUGGCGCAAGGUCUUGAACGGAGAGGCUGCUAGGAGAGCCAUCCGUCGCGGAGACACAGCGGAUCUGGACGCGCUGAGACCGGAUACCCGAACCUGGGGCGAGCUCACUGAGGAGGAGCAGGAAGAGGAUCCCUUCAGGGGCUCCCUCCUGGGCCCCUUCCAUCAGGACAACGAGGGCGUCUACUACUACGACGUGGAGCGGCGAUCCUUUGCCUGGCAGCCCCGUGAUGGCCAGGGCGUGCUGACCAUCCAGCAGGUUCGAUCGCUGGUAGAGACCGCAGAGGCCCGGGUCCGGGAGCUCUUCCCCGGCAGGAGCGACUUUCGAACGCCGCAGCUGGAGCACAUGAGCGAUGGCUCCGACCAAACCGACGUAGCCGAGAACGAGGUGCCUCUGAUGAAGGUUUGCCUCGCAGCAGCUCUUGCUGUCGCCUUCACCGCGACGGCGAUGUCGCAGGACUCUCCUGCUGAGCUUCUUCGCGAACUGCAGGCCCAGCGAGAAUUGUUGGAAGAGCAGCGCAAGCAGCUGAAGCAGAUGACCGAAACCCAGGAGAGUAUGGCGGGCGCCAUGGACUCGGCUUGGCUGGUCCUUUGUGGAGCGCUGGUUAUGUUCAUGCAUGCCGGGUUUGCGAUGUUGGAGACUGGCUGCUGCCGUGCCAAGAAUGCCUCGAAUGUCCUGAUGAAGAAUCUUGUCAACGUGAGUGUUCCCAGGUGGCACCGUGGGAAAUUUAUGGUUGGCACAUUGGGUUGGUGGAUCUUUGGCUGGGCCUUUGCCUAUGGCUCCCAAGCUGGGUCUUUCAUUGGCACGGAUGGCUUCUUCGGCCUGGGCUUCUACACGAAAGAUGCAUCGGGUAUUAUCAUCCCGGUGGAGUGUGAGGACGGGAACUGCCAGUCUACGAUGCUGAGCUGGUUCUUUCAGUGGGCCUUCUGCACAGCUGGCGCCACCAUCGUGAGCGGAUGUGUGGCGGAGCGUGUCAAGAGUCCCACCUAUGCUGUGUUCGCCUUCUGCAUGACCAGCUUUAUUUACCCAGUAAUUGUGGCUUGGACCUGGGGUGGUGGCUGGCUCGCCAGCAUCUUCGACGUGGGAUACAUGGAUUUUGCGGGAUCAGGUGUUGUCCAUUUCACCGGAGGCGUCUGCGGCCUCGCUGGCACGGUCAUCCUCGGCCCGCGGAAGGGACGCUUCGAGAAUCCCGAGGAGUUCGAGUACCACAACAUCCCACUGAUCGUGCUCGGCACCUUUGCGCUUUGGUUCGGCUGGUAUGGCUUCAACCCAGGCUCCACUCUCUCGAUGCACGACAAGGAGAUGGGUGCCCUUGCGGCACAAGUGGCCAUGAACACUACUCUUUCAGCAGGCACCUGCGGGAUCUCCGUGUUCCUGCUGAAGUUCGUGCUCACGCGCAAGUAUGACGUCGGCGCGCUCUGUAACGGCAUUCUUUCGGGCUUGGUGUCCAUCACUGCGGGGUGCGGCAACAUGGAGUGCGGCAGCGCUGUUCUCACCGGCUUCAUUGGGGCUUUUUUCUACCAGGCGGCAUCAAGUCUCCUUGUGAGAUUGAAGAUCGAUGACCCCGUGGAUGCCAGCGCAGUGCACGGAGCCUGUGGCGUCUGGGGGCUUCUUGCCGCUGCCCUCUUCGAUUGGGGCAAGGGCUUUGACCACUAUCACGGCUGGAGCGGUUUCGGCUGCAUGACGGGUGACGAUGGUGCGUGCACCAAGGGCAUCGGAGGCUCCGCCAUCGCAGCACAGCUUGUGAUGAUUGUGGCCAUCAUCGCCUGGGCCGGGACGCUGUCCACGCUGUCCUUCCUGGCCCUGAGAUUUUCGGGGCUCCUUCGCAUUGACGACCAUACUGAGAAGAUCGGCUACGACAUGCAUUCGCACUCUCCGCCGAAGGCUUAUGCCUUCAGUGGCCAGGACCCGGCGCUGGAGGACUCUUACCCACAAAAGCCGGUGCAUGUAUGA